GUGGUUACUCUGCCUAUAUAAACUGACAACAGCAUCCUCUGUGCUUUAUAACUGUCACAGGGGAGCGAAGAAAGAGAGAGAAGGAGAGGAGAAGAAGGAAUCUCACCAAUUGGCUGUUUCCUGAUAUUGAGACUUCCAACACCAGUUAGCAUGGAUACCACAGAGUUCCGAAAAAGAGGGAAAGAGAUGGUGGACUACAUUGCAGAUUACUUCGAGCAGUUAGAAGAGAGACAGGUCUAUCCUGAUGUGGAACCAGGAUACCUGAGACCCCUCAUUCCAGACUCUGCACCUCAGGAACCUGAGGGCUUUGAGGAUGUCCUUAAAGAUGUUGAAAAGAUAAUUAUGCCAGGGGUGACCCACUGGCACAGUCCAUACUUUUUUGCCUACUUUCCUACAGCCAGUUCCUUCCCAGCUCUUCUUGCUGAUGUAUUGUCUGGUGGCUUAGGAUGCAUUGGCUUCUCCUGGGCUGCAAGUCCUGCUUGCACAGAGCUGGAGACAGUCAUGCUGGAUUGGCUAGGAAAGAUGAUUAAUUUGCCUGAAGAGUUUUUAGCUGGGAAGGAUGGAGAAGGUGGAGGAGUCAUUCAGGGCAGUGCCAGCGAGGCUACUUUGGUUGCGUUGCUUGCUGCCAGAACAAAAACAAUCAGACGUGUCCAAUCAGAAAACCCAGAAUUAACAGAGGCAGACAUCAUGAGCAAGUUGGUGGCCUAUGCAUCUGAUCAGGCCCACUCAUCAGUGGAAAGGGCAGGAUUAAUUGGUGGAGUGAAGAUUAAAAAUAUCCCUUCGGAUGAUAAAUUCACUGUUCGCGGAUCAGCCCUAAAGAAAGUUUUGCAUGAAGACAGAGCUGCUGGUCUUAUCCCAUUCUUUUUUUGUGCAACACUUGGAACCACACCUUGUUGCUCCUUUGACAGACUGUUAGAACUGGGUCCUAUUUGCAAUAAGGAGAAUAUCUGGAUGCAUAUUGAUGCAGCAUAUGCAGGGAGUGCUUUCAUCUGUCCUGAAUUCCGACAUCUCCUAAAUGGCGUGGAGUUUGCAGAUUCAUUUAACUUUAACCCACACAAAUGGCUCUUAGUGAAUUUUGACUGCUCUGCUAUGUGGGUGAAGAAGAGAUCAGACUUAACAAAUGCCUUUAAAUUAGAUCCUCUUUACCUGCAGCAUUGCCAUCAGGAAUCUGGGCUUGUUACAGAUUACCGGCAUUGGCAGAUCCCUCUCGGCCGAAGGUUUCGUUCCUUGAAAAUGUGGUUUGUGUUUAGAAUGUAUGGAGUCAAGGGACUACAGGAGUACAUCCGUAAGCAUGUAAAACUGUCACAUGAAUUUGAAAAUUUGGUACUUCAGGAUAAACGAUUUGAGAUCUGUGCUGAGGUCACACUGGGACUGGUGUGCUUCCGACUAAAGGGCUCCAAUGAACUGAAUGAGGCACUUCUUAAAAGCAUAAAUGAAGCCAGGAAGAUCCAUCUGGUUCCGUGUCACCUGAGAGAGAAGUUUGUGCUACGUUUUGCCAUUUGUUCCCGCACAGUGGAAUCUGUCCAUAUCCAAUUUGCCUGGAAGCACAUCUCGGAGCUAGCAACUGAACUUCUGAACGCAUAGGACAAG